CAAAACGAAAUUUGCGAUUGAACAUCCCACGGGAAGGGAACAAAAAGAAAUUUUGCCCCUAUAUAAAGCCGGUGGGAGACUCCUGAAGAUCAUAGUUCAAAUCUGCACAGCGGUAAGAACCAAGCUCAAAACCUUCAAAAUGAAAUUCUUCAUCGUUGCUCUGGCCCUGAUCGCAUUGGCCGCCGCCAAGCCUCAGGAUGACAAGUACACCACCAAGUACGACAGCGUCGACAUCGAUGAGAUCCUGAAGUCCGAACGCCUGUUCAAGAACUACUAUGCCUGUCUUAUGGAUACCGGAGCUUGCACCCCAGAUGUCAACGAACUGAAGCGUGUCCUGCCCGAUGCCCUGGAAAACAACUGUGCCAAGUGUAGCGAGAAGCAGCAGAACGACAGCACCAAGACCAUCAAGUACCUGACCGAGAACAAGCCAGAAGAAUGGAAGGCUCUGAAAGCCAAGUACGAUCCCGACAACAAGUAUGUCGAGAAGUACGUCGCCGAUGCCGAUAAGGAAGGAAUCAAACUGUAAACUGCAUAAGAUUCUGUGAUUAAGACUGAACUGAAUUACUUUGGAAAAUCAACAAACCGCUGUGACACUUUUGAAGAUUGUUUUGAGAUAGGAUCACCACGCUUGGAAUUUAAUGUAGUUCUCUAGAAUCCUUGGUGCAGAUGAACUUGUUGUGACAAUAAAUGGAUUUCAGAAACUAAA